CGCCGUCCGCUCCUGGACGGGGGGGGCCGGUGGGUGCCGUGCCGUGCCGAGCCUAGCCGCGCGGGGCAGACGGCGGAGAGCUGAGACGGGGCUGCGCGCAGCAUGUGAGCUGCGGCCCCAGCGCUCUGAGAGACCGGUCGCCGGCGCGGGCUCCGGCAAUGGGGUUCGCUCUGCUCUUGGGGCUGCUCCUCUCCAGAGCAGGAGACCUCCUGGCUCUGUCAAGGAGCGACUGCAUAGCAGCAGAACAACUGUGCCUCUUGGACUCUACCUGCAAUGGCACCUAUAGGAUCCUGGAGAACUGUGCCCUGGCUAAGACUCGCUUCCUUCCACUAGAUCAUGAUAGCAGGGUCCAAUGUCUGAAUGCAGAGCUAGACCUCGGGAACAGCUCUUUGCUGCACUGCAAGUGUCACCGGCGUAUGAAGAGAGAGGAGCACUGCUUGCGUGUUUUCUGGACCAUUCAUUCCAGCAUGACAGAUGGUUAUUUCAAUUUGGAAUCCUCUCCCUAUGAGAAUCCAGCAAAUGAAGAACACUGGAAGACAGACUAUAAUAAACUGGCAGCUCUGUUAUCAGGCUCACAGUUAGCAAGAGAUGCAACAAAUCCAUGCGUAAAAGCAACUCAUGUCUGUAAUCUGAGCAAGAAGUGUGUUCGUCUGCGCACAGAAUAUGCUUCUAUCUGCACCAAAGGAGCAGGAAGUGAGGACAUGUGUGACCGUCGAAAAUGCCACAGAGGGCUGAGGAAUUUCUUUGAGAAAGUCCCUGAGGAUUUCACCAAAAGGAUCCUAUUCUGUCCAUGUCAAGAUGAGCUUUGUGGAGAACGACGCCGGAAAACCAUUGUUCCAAAUUGUUCCUUCCAGUAUAGCGCCAAACCCAAUUGCCUCUGGCUUCUGGACUCCUGCUUAGAAGACCAUAUCUGCAAAUCCCGACUGGCUGACUUCCAACAAAAUUGUCAACCUGCAGACACAUCUCCAGAUGGUUGCUCUCAGCACAGCCAUGCUGCAUGCCUGCAGGCUUACAUGGGGAUGAUUGGCACACCCAUGACACCCAACUAUGUCAGCAACUCCAGUGCGGAGGUAUCCCUGUGGUGCACAUGCGAGAGCAGCGGCAACGAGAAGGAGAAGUGUGACCAGAUACUUGGCAUGUUUGAGAACAACAAAUGCCUUGAAAAUGCGAUUUGGUCUCAAAUGCACCUGAAACAGACAGCUCUAGAAAGACAGGAAGACUUCCUUUAUUCAUCUUCCCUAAGCUUCCAAGGAGACAGUGCCAGCACAUCUCUUGCUUCAGAAAUGUCCCAGGUGGCUGAAGGGAAGACACAGCGAGACAUCUCCAAACACAGCAGUAUGCCUAUGGCCUCCUCAGUGUAUUCUGGAGCUGCUGUUUCUUGGCCAUCCCUGUCUCUGUUCCUGCCCCUGUGGCUGAGCCCACAUUAAUCUGGCAGAAAUGGCAUCUUUCCUUCCCAUAUUACUAAUUUUAUUUCAUAUCCAGGCACCUCCCACUAUGGAUUUACCUUUGGAAGACAGAAAGCUUACAGAAAAGAGGAAUGGAAAAGCCUUAACCCAGAACGGCAGUCACUGAAAACUUCCCCACCUUCCACCCCAUUUUCCCCCACCAGUUUGUACUGAACUCUGCAGAUCUGGUGCCCACCACUGCUUCUGCCAUGUUAGCAUUUUGAGUAACAGUCAGGCUAAUGCUUUAAAACAAAGGUCUGAGUUCUGACAGAACUUCUGCAGCACUAGAUUCUGACUGCAGGGAGGGACCCAACACCAUGCACCCUACUGCCCCAUGUUCUGGAGUUCUUCCUCAGGCAUACAAUCACAUACUGGUUUGGGUGGGAAGGGACCUUAAAGCUCAUCCAGUUCAAACCCCCUGCCAUGGGCAGGGACG